UCUGUCAGUUGUCACUUGUCACUGGCAGAGACAAAUUUUGACUUUGUUCACACAGCACGCACGUUGUAUUUGGAAUAUAAUUCAAAAAACAAUGGCACAAAUAUCUUCAGUUCCGCAGCCACACAUGCAACAAAUAGAUCUGACUUCUCUUAAUAUUCAACAGUUGUCCACUUUGAAGUCCCAGUUAGAUAGUGAACUCAACUUAUUUCAAGAUUCUCUAGGUUCCCUGAAGAUAGCUCAAAGUAAAUUUCAGAACUCAGGAGAAACAGUUGCACAGAUAACCCCAGAAAGCGAAGGCAAAGAUAUCCUUGUCCCAUUAACUGGUUCGAUGUAUGUUCCAGGGAAAUUAUUCGACACAAAUUCUGUUCUAGUUGAUAUAGGCACCAGAUAUUAUGUUGAAAAGGAUUUGGAGGCAGCUAAGGAUUAUUUCAAAAGAAAAACACAGUUUGUAACUGAACAAAUGGAAAAAAUCCAAGCACUAGGUUUUGAAAAGAGCAAGAUCAGAGAUGCCAUUGUUGAAAUACUGGAACUCAAACUAAUGCAACAAAAAAGCUCGUGAUAAUUAAUUGAUCCAUUGAUGCCUUUCAUUUAACUUAUAUCCAUGUAAUAACCUAAUAUGUAUUCACAUUUCUUUCAGUGUUGAUUGUCAAGCUAAAUUGGUGAAUUUCUAAUUAUGAUAUUAAAAGGAGAACUGCUUAUA